ACCGCAACAAUGGCCGACGCUCAAGUUACUCUGCGCACCCGCAAGUUCAUCCGCAACCCCCUGCUUGCCCGCAAGCAGAUGGUCGUUGAUGUCCUCCACCCCAACCGUCCCAACGUCUCCAAGGAUGAGCUCCGCCAGAAGCUCUCCGAGCUCUACAAGGCCGACAAGGACCAGGUCUCCGUCUUCGGUUUCCGCACCCAGUACGGUGGUGGCAAGUCCACUGGCUUCGCCCUCAUCUACGACUCCAACGAGGCCAUGAAGAAGUUCGAGCCCCACUACCGUCUUGUCCGUGUUGGCAUGGCCACCAAGAUCGAGAAGGCCUCGAGACAGCAGCGCAAGCAGCGCAAGAACCGCAUGAAGACCCUCACCGGUACCGCCAAGGUCAAGGGUGCCAAGGCCAAGAAGGACAAAUAA